AUGUCGGAACCACCUCAGUGGUUUUUAGAUGGUAUUAAUUCAGUCAAGGAUGAAAUAAAGUCAGUCAAGGAUGAGCUCAAGGAAGAUAUUAGUAUUCUUAGUAGAGACGUGAAUGAUCUAACCAUUUCAACGAAUACUGGUUUCCGUAUGAUACAGUACAAACUUGCUCUUUUGGAUAAUGUAACCAGAAGAAAUAAUGGUUAUACUGUUGCCCCUGUGCCAUUUAUAAACUUAGAGAACACACAAGGCGAGUUACCUCCUAUUGAGACUGUUCAAGAUAUUGACGAUUUAAGUAAAGAAGACUGUCAGAAGUAUUUAGAUGGAUACAAUACUCCAUAUCGCCCAAAUGAAAGGAUGUUGUUAAAAGUAAAAUUGAGAGAUGCUGUUGGUUUAAUAAGUUCAAGUGAUUUGAGGUAUACAUUUAGUAAUUUCAGGGAGGAGCUUUAA